GUGCUACAAAGCUGCCACAUCAUUGUGUGCCCAAAGGAUCGCGGGGCUGAAGUGAGCUAUCUCCACUGUUGACAUUGUAAAUCAUGAAUGAAUGUCAAAGGAUUGCGGAGGACCUGAUUGCCGCUACCGAAUGAAUUGUUUUGGUGUGUCAAUUAUCCGCGGUGACGAUCUUUGGUUAAAGCGAUACCGCGGUAGCCUAACGUACCGGUGAUAAUCUACCUGACAGUGCGAGCCUCCCAAUGACAGCUAACCAAGUAAUGCAGCGGAACGUGCGCGUGUUUCUCUUGUUUUGGUAAACGCGAGAUGAAGUCACCUGGAGCGAAAAGUCUGGUGGUUUGUGUAUUUAUGGAAUAUGCUAGGCGCGUGACACCAGAAUGACUUUAUUUUUCCCUUUCGGACUUUAACCCAUCGCUUCAGAAUAUCCAUUACGGAAUGCAACAGAAUCGGUGACCAAGGAUACUGGAAUACUUGCUGGCUGACAUCUGCUCAAGCAAUAUGCAAUUACAAUUCACCUAAGGUCUUCAUAGUCCUACUGAAGCAACAACGCUGGUCGGGUUAUGAAAUAAAAAUAGUCAUUAUGUCAAGAGUAUUGGAUUUUGUGAACAUCUCUUUUACUUGCUGCUGUGUGCGUUUCCCUGCAGGCUACCAGUGCCAAGAUUAGUAUUUCCUUAAUGACUGCCUAUCUGUUGUUUUUAUGAAGUUUUAGUGGUAUAUAUUUAUCUUCUGACGAGAGAGAAAAAGAGGACUGUUACAUGCAAUAUAUUCCCAUCUUCAAUGAUUUUAUUCACAGAGUUUUAAAGUGAAUCUUCUGAUGGAUGAGCGUUAGUCAUAUUGGAGCUAAUAGCAUCAUCUCAUUCACCUCCAUCAAUCAAAUGUUAUUUAUUAUUUAUAGGACACUUGACAGUAAACAACCAGAACCUUUGUUUUUAUCAUUAAAAACAAAGGUUAUUUCACCAUUAGACUAAAGUCUUCAAGCUAAGGUGAUUGGCCUCCGUCUGAGUGUGUGAGUGGAAUGCUGGACAUCAGAAUGAAGGAGGCGUGUCGUAUCUGCGCGCGUGAGCUCUGCGGUAACCAACGCCGGUGGAUCUUCCACCCCGCCUCCAAACUCAACCUCCAAGUGCUUCUGUCCCACGCCCUGGGGCGAGAGCUGACCCGGGACGGGCGCGGCGAAUUCGCCUGCUCCAAGUGUGCCUUCAUACUGGAGCGUAUGUAUAGGUUUGAUACGGUCGUCGCCCGUGUGGAGGCUCUGUCCAUCGAACGGCUGCAGAGGCUGCUCCAGGAGAAACAUCGGCUACGGGGUCUCAUCGAAGGCCUCUACCGGAAGACCAACGGGGAGGAGGGUGGCGGUGGUGGAAGGGUCAUUACUGGGCCUGGGGGUACGGGAGGAGAGGUACAGGGGGAAGGUAUGGUGGACAUGUCUGGUCUGACCCAUGCUAAGUACUGUGCUCUGCUCCAGGAGGACUUGGUGUACUCUCUGUAUGAGUCCUGGGCUGAAGAGGGGUUAGAGUUCGAGGGUCACCACCAUCAUCAUCAUGGGCAUCGCCCUCAAUGCCCAGGGUCAGAGGUGACGGCUGUGGGGUCACAGCGCUGUGGGACAGUCACGCCUUCGCGCAGGAAGUGCCAAGGGUGCACAGCGUGGCGAGUCGUGGACUCGGACUACGAGGCUGUGUGUAAAGUACCAAGGAAGUUGGCACGAAGUAUUUCCUGUGGCCCAUCAACGAGGUAUUCGGCCAGUGUGAUUGGAGUAGAAAGAGGUAGAGGAGGGGAGGAAGAGCCAGAUGGGACCCACUCCUCGCUCACACUGGUCCCUGGGUCCAAGCUUCAGUCCCGGGCUUCAGACAGUGACCGUACCCUGGCAGGUCGAGCCAGCUCCAGCCCCUCCAUAGACUCCCUGGACAUAGCUGGAGAAUCUACCCGGCUGUCUGCUAUCCAAGACGGGGCCGAGGGGCUAGGGUAUCCCCGGGACCCCCUGGAUGACCGGUCCUCUGACUCCCUAUCUGAGGAGCACGACCUGGUGACCCCGCUGAGAUCCGCAUCCCACCUCUCCCUGGCCCUCUGCCUGGUCCAGAACUGUGUGUACCGACCCGUCCAGAGCCCCAAGGGAAGCAGAUUGCCUGUGCUGCUCAGACAGAGCCCCAGCGAUGGAGACUCCAGACUUAGCUUCUAUGAGCCAGCCUUGGGGUUGCUGCAUCGAGGUCCGAAUAGAGAGGGGGAGAUCCAUGGCCAUGUACCCGACGUGGAGGCCCCUCUGAUCAGGCUGAACAGUGAGAUGGAUGGGGGUCUGGACCUGGCUGAGAGGGAGGAGCUGUGGGAGGAUCUGUAUCAUGAGUGUCCCCCCCCACGCCCCCACCAGACUCUGAUCGAGGAGCAGCAUAGCCAGUUGAACCAGUAUGAGUGUGCAGCAGGUCAGUGUAUCAGUGAGCUGCAGAAGGCCCAGCUCCAGGUCCAGUCCCUGCAGACCAAGAUCCAGGAGAGCGAGGCCAACAACACGAAGCUGCAGGAGAAGCUCAGUGAGAUGGAGUGUGAUCUGCGUUCUAUCCGUCAGGCAGCUCAGAACCAGGAACGCACCAUCCAGGGCCUGACCGACUCUGUCAGUACCAAGGACAACGAGGCCCAGGAGCUGUACCAGUUAAUUGAGGGGCAGAACACCACACUGUGUAAACUGAGAGAAAUGGCCCACCACAACCAGAUCACGCAACAUCAGGCUCCAGAGGGGGGCAGUGAGGGUGCGGGUCUAGCCCAGCUGCAGCGUGAGUUAGUGGGGGUACGGAGCUCUCUGUUUACCCUGGGUCUGGAGCUGGAAGCCAGUCAAAGAGCUCAAAGACAGAGCCAGAGACAGGCUGAGGACCUGACCAGAGCUAAAGACAGACUCCACUCUGAUCUAAAGGAGGCACUGCAGCAUAGGGAGGUCACCGACAAACACAACCAGGACUUGCUCAGUGCCCUGGCUCAGUCCCGCUCUGCGCUGCAGGCUAAAGAGGCUCAGCAGAAGGAGAGCGAGGCAGAGAAACACAUGGAGGUUCAGGAGAGAGACAAGAACAUCACACAGCUCAAACUCUCCCUACAGGACAAGGAAAGCCAGCUACAGGAGUACUCUGAGCUCCUGGAAUCAGUAGACAGCUCCAAACCCAGAGAUAUUCUGAUGGACAAACUGAGAGAACGCAUCAGGGACAGGGACAGAGCACUGGAGCGGUCUAUAGAUGAGAAGUUCCGUUGUCUGGAGGAGAGGGAGGAGCAGGUGAGGAGACUACAGCUGGCCCUCCGAGAGAAAGAACGAGACCUGGAGAGACUACGCUGCAUACUGCUCAACAACCAGGAGACCAUCACGAGUCUGGAUGCGUUGGUGCGGGGUAAGGAGCUGGAUGUGGAGCAGGCAGCAGAAGCCCACAGGAACCUGCAGUGGCUCCAGCAGCAGAGUGAGGAGAGAGAGAAGAGCACUCUGAGAGAGAGAGACACACUCAUCAACCAGCUACAGUCUGCCCUGCAGACACGCAGCCGGGAGACACAGGACCUGACGGCAGCCCUCCUGGCUAAGGUCCAGGCAGGCCCCAGCGAGGUGGUGGAGGAGCUGAAGGCUCGCCUCGCACUGAAGGAGAAACUGUUCCAGGAACUUCUGUCAGACCGCAACCGCCAGAGCCACGAACACCAAGCACAGGUCCAGGACCUGCUCAGCACCAUCAGCACCAAGGACCAGUACAUACAGGACUGCUCUGAUAGGCUCUCCCAGGUGAUUGGCGAGCGGACGGGCCAGCUGCAGGAGCUGCACAGGCAGCUGUCAUCACGGGAACGGGAGAUGGGCGAGCUGCGGAAGGAGAGAGAGAGGGAGAGAACAGGAGAGGCAGAGCGACUGCAGAACCUACUAAAAGAGAAAGAGACUUUUAUCCAGAGUCUGAUGCAGGGCCAGGAGGAGAGCAUGGAGCCCUCCACACCAGAGGGGGCAGCAGAGGUACAUGCCAUCCAAGAAGAGCUGCAGCUGAUCAGGAAGAAAGAGAGGGAGGCUCAGCUGGAGCUCUCAGCCCUGCGCUCAGCUCUCACCCAGGCCCAGCAGCAGGCCCAAAAGCAGGAGGAUAGAUUUAAGAUCCUGGCCCCAGAAAUUACAGUCAGGGACCAGCCCUCCAGCACUGACCACCAGAGUGUGUUGGAACAGUUGGUCAAUGAGUACCACAGGUUGAACAAUGCGUUGAGGGCAGAGAAGAGGCUGUACCAGAGUCUGAACCACAUCCAGACUAGAGGAGACAGCAGCUCAGAGAAGACCCAGGCCCUGCUCACAGAACUGGACUCUGUUCAGGCAUUGCGAGGGCAACUGGAGGAGGUCCUAACCAGGACCCAGAAGACCGCCCUGGCACUGGAGAGGGCAGCUAAGAGGCCGUCUGACUUUGGAGAGCUCAGCACGGAGGAAGAAGAAAAGGAGGGAGAUGAUGAAGAGGGCAGCACUGAUGAGUUCUCAGACAGUAUUGAAGACGAUGAGGAUAAAUUGACUGCCAAAAGCCUGGCCUCCACUAAGAACUCUGUGGUGGCCUGUGGGCAGGGGGUGCUGUCUGGAGGACUUUUGAACGGAACGCUGUCCCAGGGGGCAGAGGGGCAGGGACAGCAGCUGGCUGAACAGACGAGGGCACUAGAAGAAGAAGUGGAGGAGAUGAGAACACAGCUGGAGACCACCGGCUGCUCCUCCCUAGCCCAGAUGAGGAGAACACUGCAGAGGCUACAACAAGAGAAUGAAGCCCUGAAAGAGACCCAAGGGGGAUUAGAGGGUCUAGGAACUCUGCAGGAUCCAACAGACAUGUGCCAAGGAUGGGGACAGGAGGAGAUGGAGGAGGAAGAAGAGGAGGAGGCACAACCAGCAGUGGUACCCACCCAGGGCAACCAUGGCCCCCCAGCAGUGAGGAUGAGAGAGGGGAGGGGGAACAGACAGUAUACCAGACCUCACUCCCUAGACCUGGGGACUCUCCUCUCCCAUCACCAGCCAGACCAAACAAAGAAGGAGGGUGAAUCUGAUGAUGUCACCGGCGAUGUGGGCGGGUUCUGGCAGCAUGUGGAUGCGGGUCUCCGUGAGCAGGCAGCGCAUCUGCGUUUUGAUUUGGCGCUGAGCAGACAGGAGAGCAGAGAGCUGCAGGAGAGACUCAUGGUGUCUGAGGCCACAGUACAUGCACAGGCUGAACAACUCAAAGACUACAGGGAACUACUCACGGAGACAUCAGUUGAGCAGGACAGUAAGCAGGUCCAGGUGGACCUACAGGACCUGGGUUAUGAGACCUGUGGCCGUAGUGAGAAUGAGGCAGAGAGAGAGGAUGCCAGCAGCCCAGAGUUUGAUGAUCUGGAGAUGUGUACGUCACUGAGCCACCGGCAGGACUACGAGAGUGCCGGGGUUUGGUUCCAUGGCGAUGGGAGUGUGGGUGGAGCUUUUGAUGAAGGCGAGGAGCCAGGGGCAGGAUCCUUACAGCAAUUGGUCCUGGAUCUGCGUUCUCAGCUGACCCGCUGCCACAAGGUGAUUCGUGGGUUGCAGCUACGUGUGCGUUCACUAUCCACCACCAGUGACUACGCAUCCAGUCUGGAACGCACCCCACGCAAGGUGAACUGGGCGUUCGAGGCCUCCCCAGCCCUCAGCGGUGUAGAAGACGAUGAGGGCUGGAUGUCCGACAGCCUGGGGCCUCGCAUGGAACCCAAGCCCAGCCGAGAGCUGCGAGAGCUGGUGUCCCGAGUGGCCUCACUGGAGGCCCAACUCAAGAGCUCCAGGCUGGAGGGGAAAGGAGGGGUGGUGGAGGAGGGGAAGUGUGCUACCUGGCCCGGGAAGUACAACACCCUGAUCCAGGCUCAGGCCAGGGAGCUGUCCCACCUGCGUCAGAGGAUGAGGGAGGGCCGUGGUGUGUGUCACAUACUCACACAACACCUGGGAGACACCACCAAGGGCUUUGAGGAGCUGCUGCGUGCCAACGACAUUGACUACUACAUGGGACAGAGCUUCAGAGAGCAGCUGGCACAGAGCACUGCCCUGGCACAACGAAUGGGCACCAAGAUCAGUGGACGUGACCGUGCUGAGCUCCAUGAUGAUAAGAUGGGCCAUGAGCUGCUUGCUUUACGGCUGAGUAAGGAGCUCCAGCAGAAGGAUAAGAUAAUCGAGUCGCUCCACACCAAACUCCAGCAGCGUCCUGACACCCCCUCCAGCAGCCAUGCCCUCUCAGAGACCACCGACCAAUCAGACAGAACCUCCUUUGUGUCGGACGAGUGCAGGACCAAUGAGGACCUGGAGCUGUGCUCAGAUGUGGAUGCUGGCAGUGAAUACGCUCAAGAACUGAAGGGACAGGGGGCGGGACAUGACCCAGGAAGCACAGACGUCCACCCCUCCCUCCCUCCAUCCUCUCUUAAGUCCUCCAGCAGCUGUCCCAACAUGCUAUACUCCACUCCCGUGGAGUCAGCCAGUCAGACUGGUCCUGUGUCCUGCUCCCUACCCACCUCCCAGUCCCUCCCCAGGCUUUACCCAAGACAUGACCUCUGGGGUCAACGUAUGACCUUUGACCCCGCAACCAGGACCUUCCCUAUGGAAGCCGUGCAACAGCAGCUAGAUACCCUGCACAGACAGAUGACUAUGAAUGAGAGCUUUGUGGUUCCUCACGCCAAGGCCCGGUCGACCGCCCCACCAGCCGCCCAUCACCAGCCUGACCAUUCCCCUUACCGACAGAUUACCCACCAUGCCUUUUACCCACACCAGCUAGGCGGCCGACCCGCAGGCCCCGCCCUGAAGGCAGACGCAGAUCUGGUGGAGAGUGGUGCAUUGUGCGAUAUGGAAAACAUGGUUCAGCCAAUCAGGGUUGGGUCAUCAGGAUACUAUUCAGGAAACAGCUUUACUGGUGUGGACGUGAUCAAGGAGCACCUGAGGGAGGUGCAGUGUCUGCGUCAGCACCUGGAGGAGUCCAUCAGGACCAAUGAGAGGCUCAGACAGCAGCUGGAGGAACGCCUUUCCACCACCGGCCGCGACGGCGCAGCGCCCACCAACAUCUACAUCCAGAGCCUGGACUCUGUCUGCCAGCUGUCCAAUGAGAUCAGAGUCCUGAAAGAGGAGAACCUGGCUCUCCAGGCACACCUGCAGGCCAGCUCAGACAUGUGUAAGGAGGCGGAGCAGCUGCGUGAGGGGGCGGUGACGGGGCGUGCCCGUCUGAAGCAGGCGGAGCUGGAGGCGGAACAGUGGAAGGAGGAGCUACGCCGGCUGCAGACACACAGCCAGGAGCAGGGACAGCAGAUACACACACUCAGACAGGAGAGGCAGAACAGCCAUGACAAGAACAAUAGGCUGCAGCAUGAGGUGUCCCUGCUGCAGCAGCAGUUGUGUGAGAGCAGGGAGCUGCUCCACUCUCUGCAGAGUGAGCUGCAGGUCUACCACAGAGUGUGGUCUAACGCCAAGGGCAACCCAGAGUUUCUGUGUGAGGGCCAGUACGGUCGGGUCCCUGCCCUGCCCCUGCCCGGGGAGCUGGGGGAGCUGCUAGGGGAGGUGAGGAGCCUCAGAGCCCAGCUCCAGAGCAGUGUACAGGAGAACAGUGCCCUGAAACAGCUGGAACUCCACAAACAUCUGGAGCAGAAGCUGGGUGGGGGCGUCCACGGAGGGCUGGGGAGCAUUGGGGGGAUGGAGCCCCCUCGUACCCCGUCUCUCAGUGCCCUUACAGACAGCCCCCAGAGGGACAGCCUCUACAGACGGCAGCUACUACAUGACCCAGCGCCGUCUCCCCCGGUCAGAGACAUUGGGUUGUUUAACUGUGGAUCUCCAUACCACGUCCCCUACACAGAUCUGGUGGAGACCUCGCUCACUGCCAACGAUCUGGACCCCCACUCAGAGCUGCAGGGGGACGCCCCGGACGGCUCGUUCUCUAACCAGAACGGACGCCACGCCAUCGGGCACGUGGACGAUUACAGUGCCCUGCAGCAGCAGGUCCUGGAGGGGAGGAGUCUGGUCCAGAGAAUGGAAACAGCCCUUCAGGCCUGCCUCAGCCAUUCAAUGCUGGUAGACAGCCAGGACCAGGUCCUCCUGGACUAUGGCUGUGUGAGGACUCUGUUGUCUAACACCAAGACCCUAAGACAGAUCCUGGAGGAGGCUGUGUCCCUGCUGAAGAUGUUCUGGAGGGCUGCCCUGCCCAGCACCGACCACUCCACCCACAACCUUAAGAAGGAGCAAUGUAUGCAGGAGGAAAUUCUGUCUCUGAGAGGGCGUAUCUCGCAGCAGGAGGAGGUUCUCCAGGGAACCGUCCAGAGACUGAGGAGCACCAGCCGCACCAAGGACAGCAUGGAGCACUUCAUCGUCAACCAACUAUCAAGGACUCGCGAUGUGCUGAAAAAAGCAAGGACUAACUUGGAGAAGAACGAGCGGAGGAUUUCUUCCCUAAGCUCCUCCUCUUCCUCUCCUUAUGCUGCUGAAGACCGAAGUCCUGGCAAUGAACGGCCUACUGAUUGGAGUUUCUUGAAGCCUGGCGACGCCCCGGCAACGUCAAAUCAGCGUCCAGGAACCAGGAAGCGCAGCAGCCAGUGCCUGUUUUAGGUGAUGACCUGUUAAAGGAACCAGCCAGCCUAACACCACAACCUCUGAACUCUGACCUCACUGCCAGAACAGACACGACCCCUCCUCCUCCUCUUUGCCUCAUCUUUAGCAUCCAACGUCCCUCCUCAGAUCACUCCAUGCUUCUUUCUCUCCUAUCUCUCCUCAUCUCUAGUAUCCAACAUCCCUCCUCAGAUCACUCCAUGCUUCUUUCUCUCCUAUCUCUCCUCAUCUCUAGUAUCCAACGUCCCUCCUCAGAUCACUCCAUACUCUUUCUCUUCUAUCUCUCCUCCACUUCUCUCCUGCUGGCAAUUUGUGCCCAAUGCUCCUGCCUCGUACACCUUGGGCCUUACCUGAACUCUUCCUCCUUUAGUGUCAUUCCUCCACCCUCCUUUUGACUGUUCUCUUUCCCCCACCUCCACCCUCCGUUUGACUGUUCUCUUUCCCCCACCUCCACCCUCCGUUUGACUGUUCUCUUUCCCCCACCUCCACCCUCCGUUUGACUGUUCUCUUUCCCCCACCUCCACCCUCCGUUUGACUGUUCUCUUUCCCCCACCUCCACCCUCCGUUUGACUGUUCUCUUUCCCCCACCUCCACCCUCCGUUUGACUGUUCUCUUUCCCCCACCUCCACCCUUGUUCUUCUGUUGGAGUCUUUGAGCUCCAGAAACGGUUGGUCCAGUCUGAUGAUUACCUUGUUGUGAGCGUGUAGAAGGUGGUUUGAAACGUGCCUCUGAUGGUUACAGUAAUGUGCGCCCUUGACUGCUGUAGAAGGAGUAGGAUGAAGCUGCCCCUAGACAUUGAGCUAAGGUCAGAUUUGCCUUUUCCCUAAUGGUAAAGGUUAUGGGAUUUGGUGAAGGUAGGCUGAUCCUAGAUCUGUAGCUAAGGGAAGCUUCUACCUGGAGCAUAGUAGAUUGUGCUCUUCUGCCUGGCAGCUUUUGGACGGGAUAAGUGUCAAUGCAUGUGAACUCAUGGCUUGAGAAAGGAAAUGUAUAGUAUACAAAUGUAUAAACACAUACAGUACGGUACACAUAUAAAUAUAAUAGGCUUGGAACCUCUAACCCUGGCAAUGGGGAUGCCCAUUCUAUUCAUUCUAUUUCUGUGACAGUAUCCUCGUCAAACACAUAUGUUCACAGACAUACAUGAACAAUCAAUUUCUUUCAAAACAAAUAUUUAACUUUCACUGCCACAGAAAUGCAAACUUGCUCCUCGUGGCAUUUCAUCAAUGAGGACUUUCUUUGCAAGUACAAUGCAAAAAAGUUGAAUAACAUCCACAAUCUAGCUAGAUCUGCUGGAAUCACAGUGGAGGAAUGUAUAGGUGUAACACUUCUAGGUAAUUGUUUGCUAUAUUUAUCUGUGGAGGAUGAAGCCUGUGGAUGGUCUGUCUGCCAUUAGCCAAGGGUUCUGGAUAGCAGAACAAAGGCCCAGUUCCAUUUCAAUCACUAGCCACUUUGCCUCGCUCCUACUCCAUUGGUAUUCACAGAUCUGAAUAGACUGGAUAGGUGAAAGCAAUAUGUUGAUGGCUUCACCUAGUCCUCCGAUAAGUUAAGUUGAGCUUCCGCUGUGUUGCUUUUAUUUAUCCAGUCCUGGCUGAUCUAACGCUGACGGGGUAAAAGCUAAAAGAAGGGGCUAGGGGCUGAAAUGGACCGAGGCCGAACACGCGUAUUCAAGCUCCUCUUUAGGAGUCCUCAGACGAGCAUGUGCAAUAAUUACGUUGUUUAUUGAAUGAUCAUGGCGCACCAGCUUUUUGGUUUUUUGCCUGACACUGGAACUAAAGUAUUUAACCACUCUUGAUUAGUGAAAAAGACCAUUGGUGCAAUAUUAUACUAAUAACUAUCUUCUACUAACUUAGGAAUACUACUGACUGAAACAAAGUGAAGUUUUUAUGCAGUGUUGAUGCAUGAAAGAGGUUUUAAAAGGAAAAAUCUAAACAUUUGUUUGUGGAACAUGGGAUCACCAAUACUUGCCAAAGUUUGAACUUUGAACUCUUCACGUCUUUGUUUGCCUUACCCAUGCGAAUGACAUACUGUAGGAGUGGUGUGACUAUAGGAAGUCAUCAUCAGCCCAGUAUAUGAGAUCAUUUAUGACAUCAUGAUGGAGAUAUCAUUUAAUUGGCUGCUCUUUGAGAGCCUUUUGAACCAGUGAGACGGUAACCGUUAGAUUAUAAAUGUGCUUUAUAAUGAGCACAUCUUGUCAUAAAUGGACCAAACAUUUCUAAAAGUGAAUCUUUCACACUAUUGCUUUGUGAAUUCCAAAAACCUAAAUUGUGCUCAUGUGAGAGAUGUACCACUAAAACAGAGAAUACUAUUGGGAUUGUUACAUUUCCAUUGGACUUAGGGUUUUUGUCUCGGUUUAGACCGUCAUUGCAUUCCCAUGGUGUUGUUGACUAAAUGUUCUGUGUCCUUUUAGGUGUAACAAACUUUGGCAGGCUACUGGUGGGACCAAUGUUCUAGAUUUCACUAUUGGUGAUGUCACACCCAAAGGUGUUUCUUCCUAUGCUGCUUUUGAUUGUGUUGUGUGUUCUUGCUGUACAUUUGGCAAUUUUGACGCUGUAAAUGACUUGCUUUUUCACUGUAUUCUGUUGACUGACAUUUUGGUGUGUGGAUAAUCAUGUCAGACAUUUGCUCUGUAUGCAAACGUUGAAUAUCUGGGUAGCUGUGCAAUAGCUCUACACUAUAUCUACUUUAUUUUGAUGUUACACAUAUUAACAAUAGUUUUGCUUCCUUGAGUGUUUAUUUUCCUGGUUUGUAUGGUUUAUUCAUUUAUUUUUUUAGAUUAUGCAAGAUUGUAAUAAGAUAGCCACAUAUCUGUUAUGAAAUCACAAAGAUAUGCCUUUUCUUAGGCUAUAAGGGAAACUAGUAUUAUUACUUACACACCCAUCUAUAAUUAACCUUCGGAUGCUUGCCUUUAAAAGUAGCUUGGCCACUGCAUUUGCUCCCAACACUUACUUGGAACUCUAUUGGAUCUGGAAAGCUGAAGCGUUACAGAUUCUGCAACAGAAAUGUAAAAGUAAUUUCCAAAUGAGCCAACAUAUGCAGCGUUUACCGGGAAUGCAGCCUGCGCUAAAGCAGGGAACAUUGCUUUUUUAAAAUGUAAAACACGCUGUAAAGCUGAACUUCUGCGAUGUGGAUUGAAUAGAGCCCUUGGAGUUAAUAGCACUUGGUGUCUAUACCAGGUAUAUAUCACAGUAGAUCUGCCAACAAAGUCUUGUUUGCGCUCCACACAACUGAAAGUCCCUAGAGGGGAUUCUAAUAUAAAACAUUCUAAUAUAAAACCCCAUGCUGUGUGGUUCUUUUGGAAAAAUAAGGAUUUGAUGAGAAGAUUCAGAGAAAGAUUAGGGAAAAUAUUUUAUACCAAAGUAGAAAUAACCAACCAACCAUAGAUGUAUAGGAUUAUGUCAGAUUGGAUCAGAGUACAACUGAACAUGGCCAGAGAGCGUGAACAAUGCCUUUUUAAUGCACUGUGUACAACAGAAUCAAACAGAAGUAUUUAGCUGUGUCUAAUAGUUGGUCCUGAAACUUAGAUUUAAUGCUAUGUGAUUGAAAUCGAAGAGCAGCUUGGAUUGUUAGGCUCUAUGUGUGAUAAAGUGUGCGCUGAUGAAGCUAACUAGGAUGCCGACACAGAGCUCGUCUAUGAGCUCUGUCUCUGAAGAUGGUCACUGUGUGUGUGUGUGUGUGUGUUGUGUUGCCACAGUGUUAUCACAAUGAGGGCUUUUGGGUUCCAAAAAAUAAAUAAAAACGUAUUUAAAAAAAA